UGUCUGGAGAUGACAACUAAGCGGAAGCUGAUUGGCCGGCUGGUGCCGUGCCGUUGUUUCCGUGGGGAAGAGGAAGUGAUCUCAGUGUUGGAUUACUCCCACUGCAGCCUGCAGCAGGUCCCCAAAGAGAUCUUCAGCUUUGAGAGAACUCUGGAGGAGCUCUACCUCGAUGCCAACCAGAUUGAGGAACUACCCAAGCAACUCUUUAACUGCCAGGCCUUGAAGAAGCUUAGUAUGCCCGACAACGACCUGUCCAACCUGCCCACCACCAUCGCCAGCUUGGUCAACCUCAAGGAGUUAGACAUCAGUAAAAACGGUAUCCAGGAGUUUCCCGACAAUAUAAAAUGCUGUAAAGGCCUGUCUGUGGUGGAGGCCAGUGUCAACCCUAUCACCAAACUCCCAGAUGGUUUUACGCAGCUCCUGAAUCUGACCCAGCUCUUCUUAAACGAUGCCUUCUUGGAGUAUCUGCCUGCUAACUUUGGCAGACUCUCCAAACUACGGAUCUUGGAGCUUAGAGAGAACCACCUGAAAACCAUGCCAAAGUCCAUCCACAGACUGACGCAGUUGGAGAGGUUGGAUCUGGGUAGCAAUGAAUUCUCUGAGAUGCCGGAGGUGUUGGAACAGAUCCACAACCUAAAAGAGCUUUGGCUGGAUAACAACUCUCUACAGUGUAUACCAGGGGCCAUAGGGAAACUCCGUCAGUUGCGUUACUUUGACUUAGCUAAGAAUCGCAUUGAGUCGUUGGACACGGAUAUCUCAGGCUGUGAAGCCUUAGAAGACCUGCUGCUAUCCUCCAACAUGCUGCAGCAGCUUCCUGACUCUAUAGGAAUGUUGAAGAAGCUGACAACAUUGAAGGUAGAUGACAACCAGCUGACCUCACUGCCUAACACCAUCGGGAGUCCGAAGCCCAAGCACGGUCUGUCUCUUUUGGAGGAGUUUGACUGUAGUUGUAAUGAGUUGGAGUCGUUGCCUCCCACUAUCGGCUACCUGCACAGCCUGAGGACAUUUGCUGCUGACGAGAACUUCCUCACAGAGCUGCCCCGGGAGAUCGGUAACUGUAAGAAUGUGACGGUAAUGUCGAUGCGGUCCAACAAACUGGAGUUUCUCCCUGAUGAGAUUGGACAGAUGACUAAACUAAGAGUCCUUAACCUGAGUGAUAACAGGUUAAAGAAUCUACCGUUUACCUUUACCAAGCUGAAGGACCUGGCAGCUCUCUGGCUUUCUGACAAUCAGUCCAAGGCUCUGAUCCCGCUGCAGACAGAAGCCCACCCUGAAACCAAACAGAAGGUUUUGACCAACUACAUGUUUCCUCAGCAACCGCGACACGAUGAGGAUUACCAGUCGGACAGUGACAGCUUUAAUCCCACCCUUUGGGAGGAGCAGAGGCAGCAGAGGAUGACUGUGGCCUUUGACUUUGAGGACAAGAAAGAAGAGGAAGACAACUCUGGGAAGGUCAAGGUGGAGAUUAACCUUAAGCGCUACCCGACACCUUACCCCGAGGACCUCAAGAACAUGGUCAAGUCAGUGCAAAGCCUUGUGGGUAAAAGUGUACAUGGCGGGCAUGGGCACCAACACCAGCAUCAGCACCAACUCCAACACCAGCACCAGCACCAGCACCAGCUGAGCACAGGCACUGCCACCUCGGCAGGAACCAACAUGGAACACACACACCUCAGCAAAGAACAGUACGAACCACCGUGGCCCCUUCCUCCCAAAGAGGUGACAGACAGAGAGAUGCAGGACUUCUCUCAGUCUCAGCUAAUGGAUCAGGGAUCAAUGCAUAACUCUGGUAUUGACAUUCCUAAGAGGAAGGACAAAGAGGACCUGACAGAGAGCUCUGAGGACUCUAUGGGCGGGUCUCCCAACGACAUCCGUAUCUCUGACAUGAGGCCCACCCUGGUGGAGCCCCCUAUGUACAAACCAAAGGUGGUGCUGCUUGGGAAGGACAAGAAAGAGUCUACAGAUGAGGAGGUGGAUAAGCUCCACUGUCUGAACCACAGCGGUUCUUCAGCCACCUACUCCGACUACUCUCCCUCACAGGGCUCCUCUGGCUCCUCCAACCCACCCGGGAACACACACUCACACACACACUCUCACCAACACCAACACGCACACCCUCACGCACACCCACACACUCCCGCCCUGCCAGCCCCGAGCAAGGACCAGGCCCCUCAAACACACUGGACCAACAGACUGGCUCAGUCAUUCCCCAAACCCAUUGACUCCAAGCCUCUGCUAUCUCAGAGAGAAACCCCUCCAUCAGGAACCCUGCAGCAGCGUGGGGAUCGACGCCCACUGAGCGAGCCUUUUGAUUGGGCCGAGGCCCCUCACUACGACAACACAGGUUUUGAUGCUGAGGAGUCUCCUAUGGACCCUUCAUCAACUGGGAGUCAGGGAAACCCCCCGCUGGGCUCCAAACCGCGCAGCCAGUCAGCACAUGGUCGGCGCCCCCUCCUCAGGCAGGAGCGGAUCGUAGGAGUUCCUCUGGAGCUGGACACUCAGACGCUUCCCUUCCACGGCAACCAACGCUCCACUCCAGACAAUGACCAACAAUCAUCCGGACAUUCUUCCCAGAAUCCCUGGCAGAACUGGACCAGAACCCCAAGCCCCCUGGAGGAUCGAACCGCUUUUCCCUCCAAACUGGACCUGACGCCCACAUCCAGCCCUAACCCUGAUCGCAAGGACAUUGACCAAAGGCUGGAACAAGGUGCAGGGCCUUUGCCUGGCAGCUGGACGUACCACGACAAUCAAGGGGAUCAGAACAGGAAGGAUCAGCUAAGUGUUAGCGGGGGCAACAAGGUGACCGUGGUGAUGAGCAAAAGCUCGGACCGCCUGUCUCCCAUGAUGAGGGAGACAAGAUCUAAGUUUAAGAAGUCACAGAGUAUCGAUGAGAUUGACAUUGGCUCUUACAAGGUCUACAGCAUUCCUGUGGACAGCUACAGUACCUCCAUUGAACAACAGACUAGUUUGGACCGUCAAGAGUUUGUCGGGUCAAUGGAGCAGACCAACAUGUCACGGUCACAGUCCGCCCCCAUGUUAGACGAUGACUUGAUCUUCCCAGGACACGGCGGCAGCAACCAGUCGGGACAGAACCAAAAACCUGCCAUCCCACAUAAGGCCUAUCACUUCGACCAUAACUACAACCCCCAGGUGACCAUCGACCGCCGGGUCCCUCCCCCCUUCCCCAACACACCAGAUUAUGUCAACCACUCAUCGAAAGCCUUGGAGUACAUCAAUCAACCGGGGAAGACAUUACCAAAGGAGCUGGUGAGCCCUCGGUAUCGGGCCUAUCCACCUCUGGAGAUGUUUUCUUUCCCCCAAUCGCCAAUCAACCAGGAUGGUCCGCCCAGCCAGCAUCAGCAGCCAAUCCCAUCGCAGCGCUCCAGGCCAGGGUUUUUGAGGAGAGCAGAUUCAUUGGUGAGCUCCACAGAGCUUGCUUUGUUCCGCAGAGUCCAUGAAGCCCAACAGGAGGCACUGCAGGAAGCUCAGUAUAGACAGCAGGCUGACCCACCUCUUUAUGGUCGGGCUCUGGCCUACUCCUCCGCCAUGGAGCACUCUGCUAUCACCAACAUGUCCGACAGCCAGAGCCAGAUGAUGCACAAUAAGAGAAACGGCCGCUACGAUGACGACUAUACAUCUUACCAGGAACAAAAGAAGCCCAUGAUUGGUUAUCCAACAAAGAGUCUUACUCAGCGUCGCCCCCUGUCGGCUAGGAGCUACAGCACUGAGACUUAUGGAGCAUCUCAGGCCCGUCCAGUGUCAGCUCGUCCCACCAUGGCUGCCCUGCUAGAGAAAAUGCCCCCUGACUACACUCUGGCAACCUGCCCAGAGAAACCAUCUGAAGACACCAUCAAAGUAAGACCUGGCGUACCACAGAAGCCUGAAGACAUCACCUCCAGGAUGCCUGCCGAUUGGAGGCAACAGCUACUUAGGCACAUAGAGGCCAAACGAUUGGACAGGAGUGGUGUCCUAAAGCACAACACGCUCACGCUGGGCAUGCUCUGUCAGGGCGGGGGUCAUGGCCAGGGGCGCAGCAGCACUUUGAACUUUAACCUUUACAAUAACACUAAGCAUGAGGCCCCUGUUGGCCGCUGGCUGCCACUACCUCCUCCUCCGUCUGCUAACGCCAGCCCCUCUCAGCAAGCUGCCAUGCUGGAUAAUGACCAGGAGGGAUUGUCAGGGAGCAACCAGUGGGCUCCAUACUCACUUGGCAGGAGGGAUGUCCCACCAGACAACCUCAUGAAAAAGAGUGCCCACUCCCACAACACUCCCCACCAAUCACACAACACCAUGAUUGUCACCUCCUCCUCCUCCUCGUCCACUACACCUCAUCGUGUGGUCGUGCAGCAGGGCUACGACGGGAUGAUGAACAAAGGGGGCCAAUACCAACCAGGGAUGCCCUUGUCAGUGGUUCCUUCUGGAGGGCAGUAUCAAGGCAACAUGUCUCAAGGCCAUCCUGGUCCUGGACAGGGUUACCCCGGUGGCGGCAUGUCCAUGGCGCUGUCCCCAUCUGGGAACCAACCCCAGUACAACCCCCAUUCCUCCCAUACAUCCCAUCAGCCUGCCACCAACCCCCAGUACCAUGGCAACCAGGGCAUGGUCCAUGGCAACCAGGGCAUGGGCCACGGCAACCAGGGCAUGGUCCACGGCAACCAGGUCAUGGUCCACAGCAACCAGGGCAUGGUGCAUAGCAACCAAGGCAUGGUACACGGCAACCAGGGCAUGGUCCACGGCAAUCAGGGCAUGGUCCACGGCAACCAGGUCAUGGUCCACGGCAACCAGGGCAUGGUCCAUACCAACCAGGGCAUGGUCCAUACCAACCAGGGAAUGGUCCAUAGUAAUCAGGCUGUCAUGACCCACACCAACCCGCGGCCUCAGAGCGCUCGCUGCCUGUUGCAGACUAAAGGCCAGAAGAGCACGGAUGGUUUCCAGGAACAGUUGUGUGUGAGAAUAGAGAAGAACCCUGGUCUUGGUUUCAGUAUCACUGGUGGCAUCAGCGGCCAGGGGAACCCCUUCAAACCCUCUGACAUGGGUAUCUUUGUUACUAGGGUACAGCAUGACGGGCCCGCCAACUCCGCCCUGCAGCCCGGAGACAAGAUUCUGCAGGCUAACGGACAUAGUUUUUUACACAUGGAGCACGAGACAGCCGUCUCUCUGCUGAAGAGUUUCCAGCGGACUGUGGACUUGGUGGUUCUGAGAGAAAAAUAGUUUUAUAACAAACAAACACAACAACAACGCUUCUACUCUGCUCAUCGCCAUCCCAUGCCAUCCCACCUGCCUUCCGCUGGAGGCUUGUGGAACUGAAAAAUGAGCCGCCUUUUUUACCUUUUUAGGGGAACACAGACAUUUAUUUGCCUAUUGCUGGACCAAAGGCAAAUACUAGUGCCAAAUGUACAAUAGGAAACAUAUCGGCUCCUCUGUCUACCGGCAGUCAGGGACCUGAUUGACGGCUGGACAGACCACAAGAGGACACUUUGAGUUCCUACAGGGCUGCUGCAGUUUGGAUUUUGUGGUUUGUUAACUAGGCAUUUGAUCAUUCAGGGUCUACGGUUGUUUUUUGUAUUUUUGCUUUUCUCCACUGCCAUUCAUUUUGCCGUCGAUUUAAAAAACUUUGUUUGGUGUAGCACAUCAUCCACUUUCCUUGUUCCUCAACGUUCUUCUGAGCUUUGUUCUCUUUGCUUUCUGUUCUUUCAUUUGUUUUCUGUUGGUUCUCUUUCAUCUUUUGUUUUCAGGUUUUUUUUGUAUUCUUUUCAGCUGUCUUCUGUUCUGUUUUGCAGGUAUUAUUUCCUCCAGUGUACAGAAAACUUAGGAAUUUUUGCCUUGUGUACAUAUAUAAAGCUGCAGUUUUUAAGAGCUGCACUUUCCUUGGGGCCUGGAAUGACAGCUCUUAAAAGUUUAUGAAUAAUAUAAAUAUUGUUGAUAAACCACAUUCUGAAUCCUCUCUUAUGAACAUACAGGGAUUAUUUCUCCAAAUGGACAAUUUUUUAAUAUACCACUGAUUUUUUUUUAUGUAAAGAAAACACUGUUGAUAGUUCAUUACUGCUAAUCGUUUUUCUUUUUUUCUUUUUUUUUAAGUCUUGCUUGCACAGCUAUGCUGAAAAAGCUUAAGCAAUACUCCUGAGGCUUGGCCCAUUGACAUUUUCAGCAGAGCUUAACUUGUCCUACAGUGCCAUCUACCGAGCAAGUCAUGCUAAUGUUUACACACACUGCCAUGCACAUGAGCUAACAGGCAAAACACACACAUACAAUAAACGUUUGUGCCCCCAUACACAACACAUAUGCAAUGGUGCUCUGUGCACUAUUCAUAAUGAAGCCCUGUCUACACUCAAGGCCAACUUUACAAUUCAACCUCUGUAAUAAAACCAGUCACACUCAAACAGUGUAACAUUGAUCAUAACUGUGCCAUAUUUUGAAGUCCUGUUUGCUAGUAUUGUUACAGCACUGUUACAUCAUAUUUUAGAAGUUUGAGUUGUAUGAUAAAAUCCCAGCAUGCUCUUCAUAUCAUUGGUCACUGUCAGCCAGCCAUUUUCUGUUGGCUUCUAGAGAUCUCUUCUCUGUAGGAGACUCUAGAUGUAUUAUAGCACUGAGUUUCAGUGCGACUGAUAUUCUAUCCUUUGUGCCAAAUGGACCCUCUGCCCCUCUCUGGUUGUAUUUACACAGGCCUGAAACAUCAGAGCUUUACCUCUUUGUGGCCCAGAUCUGAUCGGCUCACAGUGAAUAAGGACACUGUUUGGCCUGGCAUUCAAAUCUAAGCAUCCACUCUGCUGAAGAGUCCUGACAUCUGGCCUCCCUGAAGAAAGCAACAAGAGAAAAGAGAAUAUCCCGAAGAGUCAGUAAUAAUACCGUCUUAAUGGGUAAAUCUGCAGUAAAUCUGAUUUUCCCUUUAUGGACAAGCAGGGAAAGAUCUGAUCUGUGCCGCAAAGUCUUUUGGCUACACCUUAAAACCUUUUAAUGUUGACUCAGAUGUAGGAGAGAAAUGACUGGAGCCAUGUCAUUAAUAAACUCUGACCUUCAUGGUCAUGCUUCAGACCCUGAUUAGACAUGACAGAAUUGAACGCAGGAUUUUAAAAAAGCGAAGAGGUUCAUUUUCUGUCUUUGUGUGAAUGCAACACAUUUCUUGAAGACGUUUCAUGACAGUGAGUUUGUUUUGUUCUGUAUAACAUCUGAUGUUUCAUCCAGAGCAAAACAAAAUCCAUCACUGUUGUUUGCUUUUACUUGACGUGACAGUGUCAUCCUGUGCCCAUUUUGUGUCAACCCUCUUAAUAAGCAUUAUAAUUUAGUUAAUUCAAUUUAAGGGACACAAAAUGGCACAGUGAAGUCCUGUGGGUUAAGAGACUUAUUCUUACCCGCAGGUACCCACCCGAUCCUAUUUAGAGUUUGAAAUAUCAAAGAUAUUGUGAUGAGAACAGAGAAAAAAGUUUGAUAAUAUAAUUAUUUUUUACUACAUGUUCAGGUAAUUCUUUCUAAAUAUAUUGAUAUACCUUAGCUUUGCUCAAAAAUUGUGAUAUUUUAUAAUAAUGACACUUAUAACAAUGGAUGGAAGUACGCACAGUAUGACUUGGAGACCUACACAUGUACUAUCCAAAACUGUAUAAAAUGUAUUUCUACUGUAAUUGUGAAUUUGUGUUACACAAAUAUAUAUAUUAUAUAUAUAUAUAUAUAUAUAUAUAUGUAUAUAUAUACACAUAUAUACAUAUAUAUAUAUACAUAUAUAUAUAUGUAUAUAUACAUAUAUAUAUAUAUAUAUAUAUAUGUAUAUGACUAUAAAAAAAACAGUCAUUUUCUAUGUGUUUAAACUUCAUAAGAGCUGAACAAAUGGGCGGUGUCACUGUACAUAGCUGUGAAUGAAAUCCAAUUUAAAUGACUCAUAUUGAUUGUGAAUGUACUCAUGCUUUCUGCAGUACCUACACCUACCCAACUUGAAUGCUGCUUCUUCUGUUGUGUGACAAAAAGUACUUUGACCUCCGAAGAGAGAACUGCUGUCGAGUUUUAAGUUGGACAAAUUUUAGUGACGAUUUAACAGAACUAUUUAUUUCUUUAUUUAUUUGCACAUGCAAGUUGAAAACCUUCCAGUUUUAAGUUUGAGUAUUAAUGCGGAGAAAUGUAAUUGCAGAAGUAUAUAUAAUAUAUAUCAUGUGUUUAGAAUGCAUUUUGCAGACGCUAUCUGUACAUACUAUUUAAGAUACAAUUUUUACAAAAAAUAAUAUAUGUAUAAAAUAGAAAAAAUGCUGUGCAGCAAUUAUACUGGAGCCAUUUUGGGCUUUGGGACAUACCAUUUUUUCAGUA